AAUGUACAGAGUCUAAUUCGGGAACUAUGCCGAAAGUUCUGCGAAUAUACAUCACAAAGGCAUUUUGAGUCGUUUCCAUUAAAAGGUAUCGAUGCACGCGAAGUCGGUACUGGUUGAGGUUUCUUCCACCGCGCAUACGAUCCUGAAUCUUGACCAGCACUUGAAACUCACUUGCGCUUGAAUUAUGCAACUUUGAGAAUUUGAUUUUUAAAGUAUCUUCAUCAAAAUGAGCGGUUUUUCAUUUCCUCCGCCACCUCCACCUCCACCAGCUCCAUCUGCUACAGGUCAGCAAGCACCGCAUGGUAAUCGAGCAGAUUCAUCCAGCCGGGGAGCUCGAGGACGGGGCCGAGGGAUCAGUCGAGGGAGUUUUCAACGGGUUGCGUAUCACCAACAAUCAUCUGUGCCUGCUCAAAGAAGCCAGACCGUAGCACCGACUUCGUGGCAUCAACUUAGGUCUCCACCAGAGCCAUUGAACAGAUUAGGAAAUGACGGCUAUCAGAAUCAUUCAGUACAUAGCCAACAUUCUCAGAACACCUCGCUUGGGUAUGGUCAUCAAGGACAGAUUCCUCAUGGCAUUGCCAUCCGUCCUGGCGUUAAACGAACGCACAAACAGGCUUUUGAUAAAGGUCACACGAAACAGGCAACACAGAAGCUUGAAAGCAGACCGAAGGUUCCAGCAGCACCUGCUGUCCCAAGCUUUGGCUUUUCCCUGCCUGCAAAGGCGUCUGCUGAGCAAACUUUAAUUGAAAAUGAACAGAACUCCAGUCAAAAAAAGCAGCGAAAGACUAAUUUUCUCGGACUUACGCCUCGGGGAGAAACACGUGAUGAGAGUGAUGAGGAUGUAGAUGAAGAAGCGUCAUUUGCACAGGGGAGUCAAACUAUAUCCAUACAGCAUCGUGGUCGCUCCAUUGAGCUCAAAACCGCAGCUGAUGUGGCAGCAUGGAUUGCAGAACGCAAGAAACAGUACCCGACGCAAGCUAGGAUAGCCAUGAAAAAGGCAGCUCAAGGAGCUGCUCAACAAAAGGCUCAGGGAGAGGGAAGUAUGGAGGAGCCAGGUCACUUCAAAGGAAAAGAGCGGACCGUGAAGGCGAAGAGGAAGGAAAGAAAUCCAAAAGGAGAGGAAAGUGACAAGUUUGCAAACAACGAGGACCAUCCUUCGCAACCUGCUUUUGAAGCGACAAAUGAUCAAGGGGAUCCUCGGAUGAGAAUAGCCUUUUUAGAAGAACAGCUAAGGCAAGCAAGAGAGGCUCUAGCCCGCGGAUCAACUGCCCUAACAGAGGAUACGAUGUUCCAGUCUACUGCGCAAUUGGUCAAUCACCGGAAACCAGAGACAGCACAAGAGAGUUCAGACAUAUCUCUCGGUGAAAUCACGCCACUAUUUUCAACUUCGACUAGCAGCACAAAAGAUAUCACCAAGCAUGAGGAGAGCAAAAAAGUUCUAGGUUUGAUCUACAGUUCUGAAGAUGGCGAGCCAGUGAAUAGCACAUCCGAGUCCUCUUCCGAAGAGCCAAGUUCCGACUCAGACGAUUCGGAUGUGGACUCAGAUUCCGACUCAGAUACUCCGCCAGAGGAAAUUUCUGCAAAAGCAAAUCAUCCUAUCAAUGUCCCUCCGCCACGCAGAAAGGAGCCAAACAAAGCACAAGUGUGUAAACAGUUUGCAAACACGGGGCGAUGUAAGUAUGGAGAAAAGUGUACACGUAGCCACUAUGCAGUGUGCAAAUAUUUUGCAAAACAUGGCCGUUGCAAGUACGGGGAUAAGUGCAGGCUAAGCCAUGAUGUCACUCCAAAUACCGGGAAAGGAGGUGCAACUAGCAGAGAUCGAACAAAGAUCAUGUCAUUGCGGGAGCGCAUGUUUGAGCAGGAACAGAGAAAGGCAGCAGAACUCGGAGUACUUGUAAUUAAGCAUUUCGGAGACAAAGGGUUUUUCCAAGAGAUGUGAGCUAAACUCCA